ACACGACCUCUACAAUUGUCACGACAGGGCAAGAGACCUUCUAACACAAUGUUGGAAUCAUCUUGUUGAUGAAGAAGUAAAAGAACAGGAUUCUCUCUGCAUCAGUGUCAUCUAGAUUAUUCUACAAGCUUUUACAAAUCUAAUAUUUAACAAUUUAAGAAGAAUUUUAUUAGAAUCAAACAUGGAGCACAUUGAAAAUGUCACCACAACUUCUAAACUUGAUGGUGAUGUUCUUGUUAAGGACCAGGCCUGUGAAAUGGUGUACAGAAAUGGUGAAGUUCUUGUUCAAGGCCAGGCAUGUGAAAUGGUGUACAGAAAUGGUGAAGUUCUUGUUAAUGGCCAGGCAUCUGAAAUGGCCUACAGAAAUGGUGGUGUGCUUGUCAAUGACCAGGCCUGUGAAAUUGAGAACAGAAAUAAUGAUGUUCUUGUUCAUGACCAGGCUUGCAAAAUGGAGUCUAAAACUGAUGAUUCAAUGGAGCAGUUUAGCAGUUCUUGUAUGGAAGUGAUGAUGAGUCUCGGGAUUUAUAACAACUUAAAUGCAGGUUCAGGGAGUGGUCUACUUCGGGAGGAGGGCAAAUAUAUUUCCUACAGUGCGAAUUCCACUGAAAGUCAUUUUUCAAAGGAAGAGAACAAUAGUAAAGCAAGUAAUUAUGUAGAAGAAAAAGGUGUGAAAGAAAAGCCAUAUAUAUGCUCACUUUGUGAUAAAGCGUUCAGCGUAUCCCAGAGUUUAAAGAAACACUUGAGAGUUCAUACUGGUGAAAAACAGCCUUAUCUCUACAAGUGUCAUCUCUGUCCAAAAGAGUAUGUUAAAAACUCCACCUUGCGAAUUCAUUUCCAAAGGCAUCACGCGGACUCAGAAGACAAACCUUUUAAAUGUCCAGUCUGUGGAGAGUCGUUUUCUCUUCUGGCUGAGCAAAAUCAGCAUUUAAAACAACACAAAGAUUACAAGCCAGUUACGUGUAACAUCUGUGGAAAAGGAUUCACUCGAGAAAUGGGUCUUCAUCUUCACAUGCUGAAUCACUCAGAAACCAGACCUUGGGGUUGUGACACUUGUGGCAAGACCUUUACAUUCGAAAUGCAUCUACAACAACAUCAGAAAUCCAACUGUUUGAAGUUUUUUACCUGUGACAUUUGUGGGAAAGUUCUUUCUUCAAAACAAACUUUAGUUUUGCAUAAGAUGAUCCAUACUGAUGAGAAGAAUUUUGAGUGUGAGGUGUGCACGAAGAAAUUUAGGUCAAAGGGUUUACUUAAACGACACAGUCGUAUACACACAGGAGAGCAGCCUUAUGAAUGCGAGGUUUGUGGAAUGAGGUUCACACGCAAGCCUCCUUUGGUAGAGCACAUGUCAACACAUACUGGCAGUAAACUUCAUCUUUGUGAAAUCUGCGGGAAGGAGUUUAAUUGUAGUACCUACUUUAAGGCACACAAGCGAAUCCAUAGUGGUGAAAAGCCUUAUGAAUGUCAAACAUGUGGGCAAAAAUUUACACAGUGUUCGCAUUUGAGAAGACAUGAAAAGAUUCACAUAAGGAAUGCCUGGACUGCGGGAAGGUUUACAAUUAGCUCUAUAAUUUAAAAUGAAUGGAAAGACACAUUUUUCUGAUGGUCAUAUAAAUGAAGGGGUUGUGAAAAUUUUAAAAUUCAGACCUGGCAACCAUUGAAUUUUACAUAGAUUUUAAUUGUUUUCACAAUCUUUCAUUUUCAAUUACAUGUAUUUCUUAUUCUUUCAAUUCUUAAAUUAAGACUUUGUUCAAUGCUUAAGUGGUUAUGAUUAUGAUCAAGGACCGAUGUGUCCAGAUUAUUACACUCUUCUAUUGAAAUUGGUUGGCAGGUCUGUAGAAGAUAUUCUUAUUUGAAUGUGUAGAUGUAGAUCCUUGACAAUUUGAAAUUAUGUUCGACACAAUAAUAGAAUUAAAUUGAAGAAAUAUGUA